AUGCAGUUACAACCGGACUCCAAUCAGCCCGGGGUAGGCGCGGCAAGCACACCUGCGCCUGCGCCUGCACCUGCAACUCCCCCAGAGUAUCCCUUACAGGAGCUCGAGCCCUUCAAAGAUGAGGAUGAUGACCACGACCAUGACCAUGACGCCCGCGACAGUGAGGACCUCAGCCUUGAUUUAGAAUUGGGCGACAUCCCCCUGCUGCCGUCUAGCAUGGAGUAUGCGACCGAAAAAGGCGUGUACGAGCCGCCGUUUUCUGGUACGCCGUCAGGGUUUUGUGCCUGGCUCCGCGGGCCGCAGCCUCCGCACGUGUAUCACAUCAACCCUUGGUUCUCGCGCUUACAGGCUGCGCCGGGGCAUCUGAUAGAUCGCUUUUUUCCUAGACGGAGUUCGAAGAUUGUGCUCCUUUUUGGUGGGCUUGUUUUUUGGAUUGUGGUUUUCUUUCUCUCGCUCAAGGCUUCUAUUGCUGGUCAAGAUGUUUUGGGGUAUGGGCAGCCUGUGAAGUUGGGGUGUCACCAUCGACUUUGGAAUAAUGCGACAAAUUGUGGAAUGAAUGGUGAUCUUUGUCGUCCUUUUGAAGAUCAAUCUUUUGCUUUCCGCUGUCCGUCGGGCUGUGCACAGGCUAUUCUGUUGGAGCCUUAUGUUGUCGGUGCGGAAGAGUAUAACUACCGUCCGCUAGUCAUUGGUGGCAAACCGUUCAAGUUAGAUGGGCACAACAGUGGCAUCUACCGUGGUGACUCGUCGAUUUGCGCGUCCGCUCUGCAUGCUGGCAUCAUCAGUGAUGCUACGGGUGGAUGUGGUAUCGUCCACCGCACGGGCGAGCAACAGAACUUCCGGUCGGUGGUUCAAAAUGGUAUUGAGAGUAUCAAUUUUCUUUCAAGCUUUCCAAUGUCGUUCCGCCUCACCAAGGAGGCGAACUCAACGGACUCGGGUGAUACAAAGCUGAUUAAGUGCUGGGAUGUUCGCUGGCCGUUGUUUGCCUUCACGUUAGUCUGGACGACCCUCUUAUCAUUGGUUGUGACCUCCGCCCCGGCAUUCUACAGUGCCAUCUAUUUCAUCGUCUGGUUUGAAGUGGCUAUGGCAUCAGAUCCACCCUCAAACGGGAGCUUCUACGACCUGAUCUCAAUCGGCCUCGGCCGGUUCUUACCAGGCGCAUUUGUAGGCUUUGUGCUAUACCACUUCUGUGUUCGACACACUCUACGCAAUCUAGAAGCACACUGGGACAAGACCGUCCUCUGGCUGGGUGGCUGUUGGGUCGGCGCCUUGAACACCGACACCUUCGACAGAAUCCCUAUCUCCCGCCUAACGCCCCACGAUAUCCAGCAACAGCCCGGUGCCCUGACAGCCCUGAUCAUCAUCGUUGGAUCGCUUGUCGCGAUCGCCUUUGGUCAGGCGCAUUGUUUCCGUCGCGAAGGCCGCUUCUUCCCAACGCUAAGCAUCUACGGCGUCCUCGUCGCAGUCAUUCUCAUCCUCGUUGCAGUCCCACACAUGAACCUACGCAUCCAUCAUUAUAUCCUCUCCCUCGUUUUCCUGCCUGGCACAACCCUCCAAACUCGUCCUAGUCUCUUAUACCAGGGUAUCCUCGUCGGCCUGUUCAUCAACGGUAUCGCCCGCUGGGGCUUCGAUUCCAUCCUCCAAACCCCCGGCGCGCUCCUCGACGGCGGCAAACUGGGAACAGUUCCGCCGAAAGUCUACCCCCCAUCCAUUGUUGACCAAAACAGUCUGAUCUUCGCAUUCCCAAAUAUUAAACCGGACGCCGACGGGUUAAGUGUAUUGGUGAAUGACGUCGAGCGUUUCCAGGUCUUCCAGUCUAAAGAUGGCAAGCCCAUGCCUGACUUUUCUUGGACUCGUUCCGUUCCGAAUGAGUUGGAGUAUUUCCGUUUUGGUUAUGUCCAUACAAAUGCCUUGGGAGGUCUUUGGUAUGAGGACUUUUCACCACCGGCUGUUUGGAGCACCGAUGGUGUCUUUUCUUUCCCUGACGCCGAGAUUCCUGAUGAGUCUUCGGAGGAAUAG